ACGAUUCACAUUUCUCUCGCAAGUUGUCCGUUUAUGAAGCAUUUGAACAAUUGCGCUUGUGUGAUCCGUACGCGAUCUUUGAAAUGACCGAAACAAGCCCGCUUCCACCUCUGGUAUUCAUGCCGGCUCAAUCCUCCCGAACAGAAGCUCCCACUCCGUCUGCAACACCACUUCCUCCAGCUUCUCAGAAACCCCCAGUCACUCGGAACUCGCCAGCGAAGGAGACUGCGUCUUCGAAGACUCCUCAGUUCAUCCUCCCCAAACUUCGACUCGAGAUACGAGACCUGAACCAUGAAGGUGCCGAAGUAUUUCUCACUGCUGUCAUUGCAAGCAAAGCGUUAGCGACUUCGGUUCGAAGUGUUCUAUCUCUGCUAUACCAUACUCCAGACUCACCUACAACGACUGUACCUUCAACACGAUCUGUAACACUUAUACUACGACCCAUGGAGGGCGUUGCAUAUACCACUGGCAGCGACUUAGAUUCUGACCACAAAGAGAUACAUUUUUCCCUCGACUACAUCAAUGGAAUAGCAGCUUCCAGGAAGAAAGACGAAAUCAUGGGGGUUCUGACGCACGAAAUGGUACAUUGCUAUCAAUAUAAUGCUUUUGGAACAUGUCCUGGCGGCCUGAUUGAAGGUAUCGCAGAUUGGGUGCGUUUGAACGCUGACCUCAGUCCGCCACAUUGGAAGAAAGAGGCCACAGGCAAAUGGGAUGCAGGUUAUCAGCAUACUGGAUACUUCCUCGAAUACCUUGAGCAGAGAUUCAGUGCAGGUACCGUUCGAAGGAUGAACGAGAAGCUGAGAAUAGUGAGAUACGAAGAGAAAAGAUUCUGGACCGAAUUAAUUGGGAGACCAGUUGAACAGCUUUGGGGUGAUUAUUCCGAAGCCGUGGAAAAGGAACGCAAGCAAAACAAGGAUGAGGAGGGCGUCCUUGUUGAGAAAGAGGACGCAAGCACACCAAAGCUUCCUAAAGACCCUUCAACGCCAACCACAAAGGAGGAGUAAACGAAAUUCCAUUGCAACUGCAGCGAUUCAUACACAUGAUACCAGCCAGCAUAAGAUCAAGGGCAUAGCAUUACAGGAGCAUUGGCAGGGUGUUUUAUCAUAUUUAGCAAUGUUUAUAUUCUCUCUACACAGAACUCGCGAUACGCAAGCUGCACUGAUUUUUAUGUUCACAUCUCUUUUACAUUUCCGUUUCUACCUCUUCUAUAUUUUCGAUCGAAAAAUUAGUCCUUCCAAAACACCAUCCAU